CACUGAUUUAAUGUGCAGAUUAUGUAGAAAAUAAUGGAUUUAAUAAGUUGAUUUUGCCUGUCCACAUAAAGGAGAACCUGUUACUUUUGCUCGACACAAAGAGCCUGUAGCGCCACAGUCCAGCUUUCAGUAUGAUUCCCUGGCUGCGAUGGAGGUGAGGAAGCAUGGGGUGGAAACUUGAGGUGCCAAGACGAACGUGAUGACAGUAUGGUCGAUGGUGGAGAAGCUCAAAAUGGAAAAACGCCCAUGCAGGGAGGAGAACAUUGACUCAAGUGAGGCCCAGCAUGCCAGUGAUGAUUCUGAGGAUGGAAGCAGUUCAGAAAGCGAAUCAGAAGAGCAGCAACACCAGAGGGUCCAGGUGAGCGACGGCAGGAGUAAAAAGAGGGAGCCCUUGGGUGUUGCAAAGCCCCACCGACAGCUCUGUCGCUCCCCAUGCCUUGACCGGCCCAGUUUCUCCCAGAGUAGCACUGCGCAAGAAUUUCGUGAGGAUGACAACAGCACAGGACCAGGGAUCAAGCCUGCGAGUGGCAGAGAGUACCAGAGUAAGAUGGACUUUGCUCUGAAGUUGGGCUAUUCAGGAGAGCAGGUGGAGACGGUGCUCAACAAGCUGGGAGCUGCUGCACUCAUAAACGACCUUCUUGCUGAGUUAGUAAGGCUUGGAAACAAAGUAGAGCCUGAGAGUCAACCAUGCAGCAGUACGGCCAUACCAAUAUUACGGCCCCCCUGUGUUAAAGAGACUGUUAGUCCAGAGGUGUCAGUGGAAGAUGACUCUAUGGAUACCUUUGAUAACCUCAGGCCAAUCGUCAUCGAUGGCUCUAAUGUGGCAAUGAGCCAUGGAAAUAAAGAGGUGUUCUCUUGCCGUGGUAUCCAACUUGCUGUUGAAUGGUUCUUGGAGAAAGGCCACAAAGACAUCACUGUGUUUGUCCCAGCCUGGAGAAAGGAACAGUCCAGACCUGAUGCCCUCAUCACAGACCAAGAAAUAUUACGCAAGCUGGAAAAAGAGAAGAUCCUGGUUUUCACCCCGUCUCGGAGGGUUCAGGGCAGGAGAGUGGUGUGCUAUGAUGAUCGCUUCAUAGUGAAGCUGUCUUAUGAUUCUGAUGGAAUUAUUGUGUCAAACGACAACUACAGGGACUUGCAAAAUGAAAAGCCAGAGUGGAAGAAGUUCAUAGAAGAGCGUCUCCUAAUGUACUCAUUUGUCAACGACAAAUUUAUGCCGCCUGAUGAUCCGUUGGGAAGACACGGUCCAAGCUUAGAAAAUUUCCUCCGCAAGCGUCCUGUUGUUCCAGAGCACAAAAAACAACCGUGCCCUUAUGGGAAAAAGUGCACGUAUGGGCAUAAGUGCAAGUACUAUCACCCGGAGCGAGUCAACCAGCCGCAGCGCUCGGUGGCCGAUGAACUACGGGCUUUUGCCAAACUGUCUGCGGUGAAGACAAUGAGCGAGGGUGCUUUAGCUAAAUGUGGUACUGGUCCAGCAACUGUAAAGGGGGACAGCAACUCUGAGGUCAAACGUGUGGCACCCAAACGUCAGUCUGACCCCAGUAUUUGCUCCGUGGCCUGUGAACCCCCAGAGGCACUGUCCAUUGUUCGGAAGUCUGAGACAAAUUCAGUGCCUUCCCUUGUGUCUGCUCUCAGCGUGCCCACCAUGCAGCCUGCCAAGAGCCAUGCAGCCGGGGCCUUGAACACACGAUCAGCCAGCAGCCCAGUGCCAGGUUCUCUGCAGUUCUCACACAGUUCUCUGGAGCACAUGUCCAGUGUACAGUACCCUCCCAUUUUAGUUACUAACAGUCAUGGCGCCUCUAUUACAUACAGUGAACAGUUCCCAAAGUAUGACUCAGUUAGCGACCAUGGAUAUUAUUCACUGCACAGUGAUUUUUCAACUAUGAGCAUGAGCAGCAUGCAUAAUGUCGACAGUUUCUGUAGCAUGGAGCACGAGCAUGGUGUGUACCAGAGAAAUCCCAGCCACUGCCCUGAAUCCUGCCUCAGCCACUCCAACAGUGACUCCUUCUCCUCUUACGGGGACCUGUACCCGAGCUCCGUGGACAGUAGCUUAGAGGAGAGCAUGAAGGGGCAGCAGCAGUCUCCUGCACAGGGCAGGAUGCAAGCUUUCUCCCAUGGGUUUCGUCAUGAAGCACUGACAAGGGUGCAGAGUUACGGACCUGAGGAACCCAAGCAGGGCCCCCGAAAGCAGUCUGGAGCUCAUCUAGCGCCACAUAUCCAGCAUGUUGCAGUGGGGGCCAGGUCCAGCUGUCCUGGAGACUAUCCCCUCACUCAGAAUGUCCUCCCACCUUUGUCCUCACAGCCCACUCGGUCUCUUGGAAUGACUCGUAUGGACAGCAUAUCAGAUUCAAGGCUAUAUGAUAGCAACCCAAUGAGACAGCGGCGACCUCCGCUGUGCCGGGAGCAGCAUGCAAGCUGGGACCCCUUGCCUUGUGGGAAUGAGUCCUACGGAUAUCAUUCGUAUCCUUUGAGUAACAGCCUGAUGCCGUGUUGCGAGCGGGUGAUGGUCCGCAGCAUGCCAGAUAAAAUGGAACAAAUCUGGAACUCGCCAUGGGAGAUGCCAUCUGCAGCCGAACACCAGGAGCGCUACGUCAUCCCAGACCACCAGUAUCAAACAUAUCGAAACCUUUGUAACAUCUUCCCUGCUUAUGUAGUCCACUCAGUGAUGGAGAAGAACCCUCAUCUGACAGAUCCACAACAACUCGCCGCCGUCAUCGUGACAAAACUGAGGUCAUGCCAUUAAGCAGUUAUUGUUAAUCUUGUGAUGAGAUAAGGGAAAUGCAGAUUUUGAUUGCAAAGAUAGGCACUUCUUAAAAUGUUGCUGCAUGUGCAACAUCUGCCCUCAGGAGUUUUUUUUUUUGUCUCGAAUGGAGAAUCAGAUUUUACAUCAUUAAGAUGAUACAGAAGUAAUCAGCGUAGAGGAAAUUUGUCUAAGUAUAAUAAGUUUAUCUCAAAUUGUAAAAUGUUUCACAUUUGUAAGCUACAUUUUUAAAUGAAGGGUGGUGCAGUUGAUAUAAGGUGACACCUUAUUAAAAAUCUGGCACAUAACACAUUCAUAUUACCUGAGCAGGAGCUGCAUAACAUAUAUAAAUAUAAAUGAUAGUGUGCCAACAAAACAUAUUCUUAUUUUCAGGGUUUAUGAAGAGUGCAUUUUAUUUCAUAUUAACGUUUCUGUUACAAAGAUGUGUUUAUAUCAUAAUGGCAUUUUCCCCAAUGACACUUUAUGUCCUGUUGGGGAAAUGUCAUUGUGAAACAAACACAGACUUUUUAAUGAAAGUAUUUCUAUAGUAACAUAAAAAGCAUAUCCAGGAAUAUGUUAUUAUUACAAUAAAAAUUAAAUAUAAUUUAAUAAGAAGUUGAUUGUUUAUGCAGCUUAUUCACAUGUUCAUUACCAUCUUUUUUUAUAUGAAUUAAUAUUGAUUUCAUAAUUUUUAACCCUAAUCUAAUCCUAAAUAAGGUAGCUAGCUAGUGUAAUACUGUGUGAGUCGAUUUGAACUAACUGAAACAACGGAGAGGCAAAGUCCCUUACAAAAAUCAUAUUUUAAAUUGGUAAACAUCUUGUGUUUAAUUCAUGGCACAAUGCAAACAAGAUCAAAGAAUAACUCGUCUCUCUCCCUUGACUAGUGUACAUGUUUUUUCUGCAAUAAGGUCCCAUGAGGGACACCGGAAGCGGAGGGACGUUGCCUCUUUAUAAACAGGUUAGCUACAUGGCAACUUAGCCGAGACAGGAAGUAAUAACUCUGCAACAUUUCCCAAAUCUGACAUAAAAGUACGUCAAUAUUUGUACACCAUGUAGCUUUUAUGAAGGUCUUGUUCAGGACCUGUGAAUGUGUUAUGAAAGGCAUCUAAAGUGUUUCUGGUGCAGUGGAACUAUAAAUAACCUUGCUUAGGUCUGCCUCUGCUGUAAAUAGUUCUUGUGACUUUUUUGUGCAUUUCUUUUGAAGAAAAGUAAGAGGGAGGUAGUAAGAUACCUCACAGCAUGAACUCUGACAUUUAAUGGCCUUAUAUCUGAAUGACCUCAUGCUUUAGUCAUUGUCUGACCGGUUUCAAUGAAAGUCUUAGUCAUUGAAGCCUCCUAUUUUCAAAUGUAAAGCACUAUCUCAGUAUCUAAAGAGAUAUAUUUUCUCAGCCUCACUUAACAAAGCUACUAUUUUGGUAGAAUUUGACAGUGCACAACGCAAGCCAAAAAAGAGAUUUGACUUGUAUACACGUGCACAUAUCUAUGUACAUAUAAUCACACAAAAGCCAUUAUUUCAAAGUCAUUUAUAAGCUGCUAAAUAAUGCCAAAAAAGAUAGAAUUUAUAUAGUGUCAGUAUUCUACAUAACUUUACAUUUUGGUUCACAUAAUUGAUUGGAUUACAGUAUAACUCACAUCUGUGUUUAGAUAAUUUCCUAAUGGUGUACUGUAUAGUUACCUUUCUGAUUUUAUUGGAUGCUACGUCCAAGAGUUUCCUAUUUAUAUAUUUGUCAGAUUUGUUGUGCUGAUUCUUUUCAAUGUGAAAAUAUUCAAAGUAUCUUUGUUUCAAACCGUAGCUCUAAUGGACUUCUUCAAGUUGUCGGUGGAGCAGUGUGUGUUCAGGAGCAGGUUCAUGUUUGUUUCAGAGACUACUUUUACAUGCACUUAAGCAGUCUGGUUGAUUGAUUUCCAGCUUUUCUCAACGACCUGAUUCCUGAUGCAUACAUGAGAAAUGAGAAGUUUUAUCAGCUUAAAGCAUUAAGAGAAACUUGGUUAACACAGCUAGAUUUCUGAUGGAGUUCGACCAUUUAUAUACUUUCAGUUUGUUUGUUUUUUUUACGUACGACCCAGGACAUAUUUCAUAUCCAGGAUAAUAUCAUCACUGUGGCAGUAAUCUAGCAGGAUAAAAGGCAAUAUUGCUGCUUAUUCCCAUGUAUCAUCGCAUCCAAAGUCCAGUCUAUGCUGAACAAACCUAUUGAUUUCCCUUUUCUGAAUGCUAAUGGUUUAGUUUAUUAAAUGUGCUUUGUCUACAGUGAAUUUAAACACAUGCACACAGUUAAAUACACUAUCCCAUCUAUGUGGUUUUUCCUUAUGUAACAUUAGAUAUACUUAACCUAUGGCAAGCUUAAAAUGAAGAGGAGAGAUGGGAAUAAUCUGCCCUCAUAAACUAUUUGACUAUUGUAGUAAAAUGAGUCGCCCAAGUUCAUGCCUUAACCUCACACCUGGCAGUUACCUGGUUUCUUAUGUGCAUGUAAAUGUAGUAAAACUUUGAGGAUUUAUUUCACCGGGCUGUGAUGUGACUUAGAUAGGUCGUAGAAAUAAAACAGUGUUUACCAUCACAGGUUAAAUGUUUGCACAAGGAACUCGGCAACAGACUGAAUAUUUACCUGAUGUUACGUUUGUCAGAUGAAAUGAUGAUGAUGAAGAAUCUGGUUGAUGCAGCCAGGCCUGGGAGAGAGUCAAAUAUUGGACUCCUUUUGUUAUAUCUUGUUGAGUAUGAGGUUUCAAUAAUUGUAUAAAACUGAAGUGAAUGCUAGAAAGCAUGUUGAAGAUUAAAUUUAAUAUAUGGCUUUUUAUGGGAGGCUGAAUUGCUCGACUACAGAUGUACAGUACGUAUACAUGCAGCCAGUCUCCAGCGAUGGUGGAAGGGUUGGCUGUGCCUUGCAGCACAUUGCACUCAGGAUGCUUUUUCAGUCUCUCCCUGCCAAAAAAAAAAAAAACAGUGGUUACUGGCAAGAGUCUGCUCUGAUCUAGUAGUGAUAUAUUUUGUGAAAAUCCUACAUGUAACAUGUAGUACCUUAAAGUUAGUUACGUGGAGAUGGCAUUGCAAAACUUUGUACUUUUUGUGUAUAUCCUCGUUAUGCACCUUGAUAUGUAGAAAAUUGGGCUAAUGGGAUGGCUUUACGUGAUGCAGCUUCAUCCAGAUGUAAUGUUGGUGUU